CCAAAAGUAGCUCAAGCCCGCAGCCCAAGCGUCUGCAAUCUAGCCAUGUCAUCUGGUGUCACUGUCGACGAUGAAGUCAUUACGCAGCUCGAGGAAUUCAAACUAAAACGCGCCCCUAACGACCACCGCUACAUCAUCUACAAGAUCGUCGACGAUACGACGAUUGUGAUCGACUCAACAGGCCCCAGAUCGGAGUCGUACGAGGAUUUGGCUAAGAAGCUGACCCAAGUCACUACUGACUGCCGAUAUGCGCUCGUGGACUACGAUGUGACCAUGAAGGACGGCCGCUCUAACAGCAAGAUGAUUUUCAUUUCAUGGUCGCCGGACACGGCCCGAAUCAAGAGCAAGAUGCUCUAUGCAUCUUCGAAGCAAGCCAUCAAGCGCGCUCUCACAGGCAUCGGCAUCUUUCUCACGGCCACCGACGCCUCGGAAUUGUCAAGCGAGUACAUCGACAACAACAUUUCAAUGUUCCUGUAGAAAGUGGUGGUAGCUUCGGUUUGAAGAGAGUAUUUCAGCUUGAUCUCUGCCAAAUAAAUGGCACGUGGUUGCUGUAAAACCUGA